AUGACAAUUCUCCUGACCUUGUUCAUAAUUUAUGUUUGUUUAAUUGGUCAUUUAACAAAAGUAUAUAUAAAAGAAAAUAUAUCAAACCAAAAAAAGAAUCCACUUAACUUUAUUAGGAGAAAGCAUAAUAACACCAAGAAAAACAGAAAACUUUCAUUUAAUAUAAAUAAAAAUAUUAGUCAUUGUAAAAGAAUUAUUAAAGGGGAACCUUUUUUUAUUCAUAAAAAUGUAAGAAGGUAUGUGUACAGAAGAAGCUGUUUUAUUUUUGACAUUUGGAAUAGUAGUAAAGUAAUAAAAGAUAUUUAUAAAUAUAUUGAUUCAUGUACAUCCUUUUUGAGGAAAUUUAAAUCUCUUCCAUCCAUAAUAAAUGUAGAAAAUAAAAAAUAUGGGAAAUUAGAAAAAAGGAAGAAAGAAAAAAAUGAUUUAUGUCCUAACAUAUUCAUAACAUACCCAUCAAAUAAUGUCCCUAUAAAUAUUUCAAAUAAAUUAGAACAUUUUAUAUAUAAGCAGAAGGAUGUUCCUAAGGAACAAAAUAUAUUAACAUAUGAUUUUUUUAAACGGGAUGAAGAACUUUUAAAUGAUCAAAAUACAAAUGAUUUUAUAAAAAAGUAUUAUAAUCCAAGUUAUCAUUUUGAUGAACAUCCGUUUGAACACAUAUAUAAUAUAAAGGACAUGGAACAUAUUUAUGACAAAUCUAUAAUAAAUUAUAUAUAUGAUUUAAAAAGAAAAGAAGAAAUAGAAUACAUACGAAAAUUUAAUAGAUCACAUUAUUUAAAUUCCUAUCUCCUAAUAUAUCCUCCUCCUAAUUUGUCAGGAAAUUUACAUGCAGGUCAUUUUUUUAAUUUUAUCCAUCAACAUAUUUUUUUUCUCUAUAAUAAAUAUAUAAUGGGAAAAUAUGCCAUUCCCUUUUUUGGAUUUGACCAUGGAGGUCUGAGCGCACAUGAGAUGUUCGUUAAACACAUGAGAGGAGAAGAAUUGGAAAGAGAAAAAUAUAUAAGUGAAAUAAAAAAGUGGCAAGAAAAUUUAAAAGAAAAUAUGCUAAAAGAUUUACAGAAUAUGAAUAUCACAUAUAAUGAAAAAAUGUUGUUUAACACUAUGGAUAAAGGUAUGAUUGAUUUAAUAAAUAAAGCUUUUUAUAUUCUUUAUAAAAAUAAUAUGAUUAUAAAUAGACUUUAUCCUGUAUAUUAUUGUAAAGAAUUAAAAACAGUUAUCCCUAAAAUGGAUAUACAAUUUAAAAAUGCAGAGAACAAAGAUAUUUAUAAUUUGAAAUGUUAUUUAGUAAAAAAUAAAAAUAAAAUAGACAAUAUAUAUGAUGAUAAAAAAUGUAUUGCUACAAAAAACGAAAAUGAUCAUAAUAUGAAUAAUAAUGAUAUUACAUAUUGUAGUAACAACCCCUCAAAAAAUGUAACAAACAAAAAUGAUGAUACAUGUAAAAAAAUAAAUCCUUCUGAAAAAAAUAAUAUGUCCUCGAAAUGUAUAUGUGAUGAUUUUACAAUUACAAAUAAUGAUGAUAAAUAUGAAGAAAAAAAAAAAAAAAUUAAAAAUAUGAUUGAAAAAUAUGAUUGUAAAGAAAUAAAAUUUUUUGAAAAAAAAAAAUUCCCAUAUUAUUAUUUGAAUGAAGAAGAAUUAAAAAAUAAGGCUCUAAUUAAUGUAUCGAAAUAUAUACAUAUAAAUAUAGAGAAUAUAGAAGAUAUAAAUAAUAUUGUAGCUAUCUUGUAUUAUUCUUCAAACAAAAAAAAGUAUGAAAAUAUGUAUGCUUUGUUACCACAUUCUAAUAUAAUAAUACCUUUAAUUUUUCAUAAGAAAAAAAAUUUUCCAGCAUUGAUAAGUGGUAAUAAAAAGGGUGAAGAAAGGGAAGAAAGUAAAGAAAGUAAAGAAAGGGAAGAAAGUAAAGAAAGUAAAGAAAGGGAAGAAAGUAAAGAAAGGGAAGAAAGUAAAGAAAGGGAAGAAAGUAAAGAAAGGGAAGAAAGUAAAGAAAGUAAAGAAAGUAAAGAAAGCAAAGAAAGUAAAGAAAGUAAAGAAAGCAAAGAAAGCAAAGAAAGUAAAGAAAGAGAUAAUAAUAAUAAUAAUAAUAAUAAUAAUGAUGAUGAUGAUGAUAUAUUCCUUCCUGUCUAUUCUUUAGAAAAAAAGCAUGACUAUUCUUUUAAUAUAAAUAAAGAAAAAGGGACAAAUCAAUUAUUUUUUAAGGUCUCUCAUGGCAAAAAAGAACAUAUGACAUAUAAUAUAAAUAAUGAUGAAAAGGAAAAAGAAAAUAAUUUGAUAAAUAUAAUAAAUUGUAGAAAAAAAGAUAAAGAAUUAAAAUUUGCAUAUUAUAAAGAUUAUAAAUGUACCUUAAUUUUAUCAGAACAUUUAUGUAUUAAAUAUGACGAAUUAUGUAAUAUAUAUUAUAAUAAUAGUGAUAAUAAAAAUUUUAACAUAUUACCUUCUAAUAGGAAAAAUUAUUUUUUAGAAAAUUAUGAAACACAUCCAAAGGAUUGGAUAUUAAAUCGUCAAAUAUGGUAUGGCCAUACUAUACCUUUAUUUAAAUAUGAACAUUUUGUAACAAAAGAAGAAAGUAAAGAAGGAUAUAAAGAUACAGAAAAAAAAAUAAUAAUAAUAAAUAAAAAUAAUAGUAAUAAUAAUGACAAAAACAAUAACAAUAAUAAUAAUAAUGACAAAAAUAAUAACAAUAAUAAUAAUAAUGACAAAAACAACAACAAUAAUAAUAAUAAUGACAAAAACAACAACAAUAAUAAUAAUAAUGACACCCAUAACAAUAAUAAUAAUAGUAAUAAUAAUGACACCCAUAACAAUAAUGACAAUAAUAAGAACAUUGUAAUAGCAGACCAUUUUAACUGCUUUGUUUAUGGAAAAAAUGUAGAUGAAGCAUAUGAAAAUUUAAUAAAAUCAAAUUUAUUUAAGAAAGAAUGUAUUAAAAAAGAAUAUUUAAAAAAUGAUGACAUUUUAGAUAGUUGGUUUUCUUCAUGUUUAUAUUUCUUACAUUGCUUAAAUUCAAAUAAUAUAGAUAUAUAUGAUUUAUUAAAAAAAAAAAAAAGCUUGGUAGAUUUUACCUGCACAGGUCAGGAUAUUUUAUAUCCUUGGAUAUUGAGGAGUUUUAUUUUAUUAAAUUACUUUAUAGAAAAUGAUUAUUUGAAUGAAUUAUUUCCUUCAAAGGAUAAUUAUGACAUUGUGUAUAUUUUGCAAGGAUUAAAGAAAGCAAAGGAUAAUAAAUAUUCGUCAACUAGUAUUUUAUCGAAGACCGUAAAAUUUCAUGGUAUCUUAAAAGAUGACGUUGGAAAAAAGAUAAGCAAGAGUGAUGAAAAUAGUACUUAUUAUAAGAAAUAUUUAGAAGAUAUAAAUAUGGAUACAUUGCGUUUAUCGUUUACUUUUCUACAAAAGAAUGUAGAGGAUAUAGUUUGGUCAAAGAAUAAUAUUUAUAAGAGUGAGAAGUUUAUAAAAAAGUUUUGGAACGUGGGACAAUUUAUAAAACAGAAUUGUAAUUAUGAGUCGUACAUAAGGAUGAGUAAAGUAAUUCUUGCUAACAGUAAUAAUAUAAAUGUUGAAAAUGUAAAUGUUCAAAAUGUAAAUGUUGAAAAUAUUGAUGAUGAUAGUAUUGAUGAUGAUAGUGUUGAUGAUGAUAGUGUUGAUGAUGAUAGUGUUGAUGAUGAUAGUAUUGAUGAUGAUAAUAUUGAUGAUGAUAUUAAGGUUCUUGAGUUUUUAAAAACAAAGACACAAAAUAUUUCUUGUGUAGGCAUUUUUGAAGCAUAUUAUUAUACAAUACAUUUAAUUUUACAAUAUAUGAAAUUAUAUAACCUGAACAAAAGUAUUAUUUUAACUAAUGAUUUUAUUAUGAAUUAUUUCUCCAAGUUUUUUUUAAACUAUUAUUCUUCUGGAAAAAGUCAAAUAUCUAAUUUUUUAAUUUAUUAUAUUUUUAAAGGAUUAAUAAAAUUUUUAUAUCCAUUCAUUCCGCAUAUAUGUGAAAUAUUAUAUAUACAAAUAUUUUUUAAAGAAAAGGAAAAAAAACAAAUACGAAACCCCUCUUCUCCUCCUAUGCUUUUAUAUGAAAAUUAUAAAUUUUUUCCUAAUCAAAAAUUUUCAUUAGAACCAAAAAUUCAAAGCGUUGUAUCAGAUCAUUUUUUGACCUUUAUGGAAAUAUAUAAUUUUUUAAGGAAAUAUAAAAAAGAGAAUAAAGAACACAUUUGUAAUAACAAUACAUUGUAUCUUUAUAUUAAACAGAAAAAAGGAGAUGAACUUCCAUUACUAUAUUUUAAAAAUGAAGAGCACAUGUUGAAAAGAGCCUUCCAUAUGAAUAUUAUUUUUAACGCAUGUGAAAAGAAUAAGUUAGGAUAUUCUUUUUUAAACGAAAAGAAACACAUCCAAAGGUUAAACACAAGAAAAGUGAUAUAUGAUUGUCAUAGGUUUGUGGUACUAUCUCAAGUGUAG